AUGGCAGACGAAGAGACCUCCGCCAUAACCCCUCCGUCUUCAAACACAGUCUCAGAUCAAGACUCAACAAUGGAGGCUCCGGCGAAUGAGUCCCUAGAAUCGACCACCACAAUGAAGCCGAGCAGCCAAGCCACAUUCAGUAUAUGGCCACCGAGCCAGCGCACUCGAGACGCCGUGGUGAACCGUCUCAUUGAGACCCUUUCCACCCCUUCCGUUCUCUCUAAUCGCUACGGUACCACUCCUCCCGAAGAAUCCUCCUACACCGCCGCUAGCUCCGCUUCUGCCUCCGAGGAUGAUGGCAUUCAGAUUCUCCAGGUUUACUCCAAGGAGGUCAGUAAGCGAAUGCUUGAUGUCGUCAAAGCUAGGGCUGCCGCCUCCUCCUCCUCUGCUGAUGGUGCUUCACAGCCCGAAACUGGGGGUUCCGUUGAUUCGAAUGUUGAGAAUAACGAGGCAUCUUCUUGA